CGAAGCUAAAACCAUAACGCGGUUAGGAUCGAAACCUAAAAAUUAAAAAAUACGAGAUUUCGAUUGGAUAUAGCACCCUCUCUCUCUCUCUCAAAAUUCGGUUACUUUACUUGUUCAGUUAAUUUCGAUGCCUUAGCCUUAAUUUCGAAGGCACAUCGUUGAGGAAAUUGAGUUCUUCAGGACGUUUACAAAGUUGGGCUGAUCAUAUUGUUUAUGUCCAGAUUUAGGGAUCAAAAACUAAUGGCAACUGCAACUAUGGCCACUGCAGCUGGUGCUGCCGCGCUUCUAUAUUACACACUGAACAAGAGAUUACAAUCAAGUAGGGUUAUAGAAGACGACGAUGAAAAUAAUGCUGAUGUACACAGUCAUGCUCCUCUAGGAAUUGAUCGAGUCUCUCAUAGACUUAUUCAGGCCCCUGCAACAUGGUUGGAGACUAUUUCGACACUGUCUGAGACUCUUAGAUUUACUUAUUCCGAGACACUAGGAAAAUGGCCCAUUGGGGAUUUGGCGUUUGGGAUUAGCUUUCUUUUGAAGAGGCAGGGAAACUUGCAUGUCGCAAGUGUAUUUGGUGGGAAAGAAAGUCUACAGAUCAAAGGGCCUGAAAUAAUUGCUGAGCUUAAAUAUUUCUUAAAUUUAUUGACUCUCUGUUGGCACUUCUCAAAAAAACCUUUCUCAUUAUUUUUGGAGGAGACUGGCUAUUCUAAAGAAGAUGUUCUCCUUCAAGAACCCAAAGCUGGGAUUUUGAAGCCAGCUUUUACAAUACUAGCUGACCAUAAAACAAAAUCUUUCCUCUUACUUAUUCGCGGGACUCACAGUGUGAAGGAUACCUUGACUGCUGCUACUGGAGCAGUGGUGCCCUUCCAUCACACUGUUGUGCAUGAAGGAGGAGUUAGUAAUUUGGUUUUAGGCUAUGCGCAUUGUGGGAUGGUUGCUGCAGCUCGCUGGAUAGCAAAACUUGCAACUUCUCCUCUCAUUAAAGCACUUGAUGAACAUCCUGAUUAUAAAAUUCAGAUAGUGGGACACUCCUUGGGUGGAGGCACUGCAGCACUUCUAACAUAUGUACUGCGUGAAAGGAAAGAACUGUCAACAGCCACCUGUGUGACAUUCGCCCCAGCUGCUUGCAUGACAUGGGAAUUGGCGGAAUCAGGCAAUGACUUUAUUACUUCAGUUAUUAAUGGAGCUGAUUUGGUGCCUACAUUCUCUGCUGCUUCAGUGGAUGACUUGCGUGUGGAGGUGACUGCUUCUGCUUGGCUGAAUGAUUUAAGAAAUCAGAUUGAGCGGACAAGAAUCCUUAGUACUGUCUAUCGAUCUGCAUCAGCUUUGGGUUCUCAUCUUCCAUCAAUUGCUAGUGCUAGAGCAAAAGUUGCAGGGGCUGGUGCAAUUUUGCGUCCAGUUUCCAAUGGAACACAGGUUGUGAUGAAGAGAGCCCAAAGCAUGGCUCAGGCAGCUUGGUCCCGUCCUUCUCUGCGGUUGUCAUCUUGGUCUUGCAUGGGGCCUCGUCGUCGAGCUACAGCUACACGUUCUUUAUCUACAGAAGAAGGGGGAUCCUUGAAAUCUUCCCCUGGAGCCGAAACUUCUGAACCUUUUCUUGCAGGUUCCAGUAAGAUCACAGCUACAGUGGUAACAGAUCUUACAGCUUCUUCAUCUGAAGCAAUGGUAUGGGAUUCAGAGAGAGAGUGUUCGCAUUCUGGUGAAACUAGUCUUCAUGUUGACAUGGAUCCUAAUCUUGAUGACGAGGAUCUCAUGGGCUGUCAUGAAGACCGUAUGACUGAAGCCGAGUUGUGGCAACAGCUUGAAAAUGAGCUUUGCAGUCGGACAGAAGACGAGGAAGCAGAUGAUGUUGCGAAGGAAAUAAGAGAAGAAGAAGCAGCAGCCAUUGCAGAGGUAGCUGAGAGCCAACCUAAUAUCCCCGUUCCAGAAACCAAGGAGGUGCACCGAUUCUUCCCCGCAGGAAGGAUCAUGCAUAUUGUCACGGUUACAUCUAACUUUACAUCUAACUUGGAACAGUCUAACUUGGAACAGUGUGAAGAUGACGACUCCAGUUCCAGCGGUGCUGACGAUGUCCGGCCAGAAGAGACGAAGGUCGGGAUAUUCCUCACCCCCAGGUCAUUGUACAGUAAACUGAGGCUUUCACAAACCAUGAUUAGUGAUCACUUCAUGCCAGUAUAUAGAAGACAAAUUGAAAAGGUUAUAGCUGAACUUGAGAAGGAAGAAGCUUCUGACAACCACCAUUCUGGUGAAAAACCUAUAGAAACAGUCUUGUAGGAUUUGCUGAGCAUACAUUGUUAGAUUUAGCCAUUUUGUUAUUACUUUCUCGUCAGCUUUUUCGUUUUCUUCUUCUGGCUGGUUUUCAGUUCACACCCUAAUUUGUAAAUCUUCAUUCCAGUUGUUGCAAAGAGAAAAGCAUAGAGAUAGGAGGAAUGUUGAGAGGUCAUAUGAUGCCUUGCCUUUGAGGGAAUCCCUUGAACUGAACUGUUCUUGUAAAUGAAAAGGUUUGGAAGUUGUGGGGUUGCUGAAGUCUCUUCAAAUCCCAUCCCCUUAGAUCUGGGUAUAAAUCAUGAUUUUUUCUUCUCUCAA